GGAUGUUUUUGAUCUAUUGCGACAUUGGAAUUGGACAAUCUACCGCCCACCCUGAUAAGAAAUUAAACUAAAUCGGCUUUACGAUGGAGGCUUCUAACUCAACUCAAAGACAAGUGCCUCAACCAAUAGACAUAAGAGAGUACAGGGAGAAUGUAGGGAUUGGGGAUACUUACCAAAUACCAGAAAUUCCAGCGAAAAGGAAAGUGACCGAUUUUAAAUUCACGGUUGUGUUUGCAGUUUUUUUAGCCAUCUUGGUACCCUUUUUAAUAUACACAUUUGUUCAAUCUGAUCUCGAUAGAUUAAUUCACGGAUAUGACAAAUGCGGCAACGUUUGUGGCGAGAAAAAUAUACAAGUUUUUGGUAUUAAUUGCUCGGGACAAGAUACGACAAAUAAGCCGUUUCUGAGAUUUCGGAAAAAUAGGAAUGCCUUGUCGGACGAUGACGAACAAUUCUUGAGGGAUGAAUGUGUCCAUGAAUGUGGGCCUGGAUAUGUGGAAUUGUUCAACAGAUGUUAUCCUUCGAAAUCAUCGUCUGAGAUUGAAGUCCACUCGGAGUUUGAUAAUAUAGGUCGAGACAUCAAUAAAUCUGCGGGUUACAUAGUUCUAAUGUGCCUCAUAGGAUUGGUAUUUUCUGUUGGAAUGCUUUUCUUGUUCAGAUAUUUCGUUACGGUGGUCGUUUGGGUCAUACUCAUCGGUUCACUUCUUGGAAUCAUUGCUUUGACUGGAAUAUUCUUGUACUUGAUUAUCAACCCGCAAACUGGCUCCAGCUCUUCUGGUUUAGAAUUCCUAGCCAUCUUCUUCACAGUCUUUUCAGUGAUUUUGAUAAUAAUAUUAAUUUGCAUGUUCAAGAGAUUCAAACUCGUCAUCCGACUGUUUGAAGAAGCAAUCAAAGUUAUUUUUGGCAUUCCUGUAAUUGUCUUUGAACCUCUUUUGACGUUUGUUGCAAGUACUAUUUUAUUGAUAAUAUUCGUAUUCUUUUUGAUUGUAAUGUCCACCGCUGGAAUCUUGCAAAAAAUAGACUUUGAUAUGUGUGACUACAUAACAAAUUUUGCGAUUCUCUUUACCUUGUUCUUGCACCUCGUGAUUAGUUUGUGGAUGUGGCAAUUUAUUAUUGGUUGCCAACAUAUGGUCAUUUCUGGCGCUGUCGCAUCUUACUAUUUCGCAAGGGACAAGUCAUCUGUGGUUUUCCCCGUCUAUACCAGUUUUUACAAUUUAGUCAGAUAUCACCUAGGUUCGAUUGUUCUUGGUUCUUUUAUUAUUACAAUUGUUGCUCUAAUUAGAGCUUUAAUAAGAGGUCUAAUAAAUAACAAACAUGCCAAAGGUCUGGUCGACUGCUGCUUAGGAGCUAUUGAGGACUUCCUGAAAUUCCUUUCCAAGAACGCUUACAUCCUUAUAGCCAUGCAUGGACAACCAUUUUUUAAGUCUGGAAAACGAGCUGGACGAUUGCUUGCCUCGAAUGCUCUUAGUACAAUUGCAGUGAAUUCUGUUGGCUUUUUUGUGUUGGGUAUGUCAUUGAUAGUCGUGGCGACUGUGUUGGUUGGAAUUUCAAUGGCUGAUCCUUCUAUCAAAAACUUCUGGGCUGCUAUCAUAAUCAGCGCGAUUGUGACUGCGAUUAUAGCUAAUUGCUUCUUUGCUGUUUUUGAGACUGCGAUUGAUACUAUCUUCCUUUGCUUCCUUGAGGAUAGUUGCAUAAAUGACGGAACGGAACGUCCAUAUUACAUGAGCGUGAAUCUUAUGCAAUAUGUAGAAGAAGCCAAGAAAACGGCGAACCAAAAAAAUCAUGCGUAAAAUAUACGCAUUCAAGAACAAUAUAUUUAGUAUUUGCGUGUUUUUUUGGUAGAAUAGGUUGCGUUUGUUUCAUGUUACUGGUUAUUUUAUUACAAAGUACGACGAAAUAUUUUUGUAAUUCAUACGUAUACUGUUGUAAUUUAGGUUAUUUUUUGAUAAUACUUUUACAUUGUAAGAGUACUCUUACUCAUACUUACUAAAUUUUUUUGAUCUAGUUACCCUGCUAACAAUAAUCUUUAAAAAUAUUUAGCUUAGAAUGAAUUUUUAUUUUUUAUAUGCCUAUACAGCGUGCGCCAGAACUCGCGCCCCAGAGAAAAAUGUCAAAUGCCGGCGGCAAUAGGAGAAAAUCACCCGCCAAUAGAUGGUACUGAAACAUCAAUGUUUUCCCCAUUUGAAUAGUUUACAGUUGAUGUCCUAGAUGUCUCCUUUCUUAAUUUUGGCGCGUAGCUUAGACGACGGCGCGGCGACGUUUUGGCGGGAUUUUGACGGAAUUUUGUGACAACUUAAAAGUUUUAUUUAAUCUGUCUGUAGGAGUAUUUUUUUUAUUUAAAAUAAUAAUGCCAAAAGUUGAAAUCUCCAUUUUAGAAAGUAAUGCAUCGAAAUAGACCCUCCUACAUAGUUUUUGCAAUGAAGUAUGGAACCAAAAUGCUUGUAAGUACUCAUAUUUACAUUGACUUGUCAAAUUGACAAAAAUUAAAAACUGAUAUUGUCAAAAUAUGUUUUCCUCAUUUGGAUAGUUUCUAGCCUGCCACCAGAGGUCAGCUACUUUGCUGAAUGUCUCCUAUGGGUCGCCAAAAAGUGCAGCCGAAGAAGUAAUUUUUGCUUGCAUAAGAAAGUUGAGAGACCCUUAAUUCCACCAAUCCCAGAAGGGCACCUCAGGGUGUCAUUGGAAAAUUAUAUCCAUUGCUAGGUUAGAAAAAUAAUACCAAUUUGCCUAAAAGUUUCAAAAAAUAGCUGGAUUACUGUAAUUGUCUGUCAUGUUUUUGACAUAACACGCUAUUUUCGAAUAUUUUUCUCGCUGAAGAUGCUGUGCACAAGUAUAAUGAGACGAAAUCGUUGAAAAUUUGUGAAAACUCGAUUUUCAUUGCGAUGACCCAACAACUAUUUUAAUACUUUUAGAUGUUUUCUUCAGAAGCAUUGUUCCUACUGUAAUAUUUCUUGAAAAGGGGGCCUUGUCUGAAUUUUCCACAGGGUUGUACUCCCGAAUGGUGGACGCCAAAAUUUCCCCUACGUUGUGUUUGUUGUGUCUCGAAAAUAAAAAGAAAAUAAUUAGAAAAGAAAAUUCUAAUUGACCUGAGGUAUAACGAGGCCGCGUUGUAAGAAAGAAAACACUAGUUUCAAACCACACUUAAAUUUAUUGAACAUAAAACAUGAAAUAAAUAGAACUUGGUUCUGAUUGUUUAUUUCAUCAAAUAAAAUCAAAAGAAAAAUGAACAAAUAAAUUAUCCAAAAUUUCCUAAGUUCUGGUUUUUCGGUGCUUUGAAAUAAAUCAAGAGAAAUUAAAUGAUAGAUUGGUUUGAUGUGAAAAUUGCAAAUAGGUUUCGAUUGGAUUGACGGAAAUUGGUAGUUGUACUUCUCUCACUAGUACAGGUGGGUAAAUUAUAAAAUGUUAUAGUUGUUCAAGUCAAUAAGACAGGAAUUCGGACUGAACUUAACGGCCUAAUAUUUAUAAAUAUGUGUCAGGGAUACAACGUCCUAAACUGCCGGCCUGUAGUCGAAUUAAUGGGCUAAAAGGUUUUGGGGAACUUUGGUUGUCGAAACCUUUUAAAUUUUGGAGAAAAUGCCGAAACAAUUUAAUUAGAAUGAUUAUUAUAAAUUGAUUAGAUUAGAUCAAAGAUCAUU